GGAAACAGCUGCUCGCCGAGUGCUCUGGCACUUGGCAGCUGAGCAGGCAGGGCGCUCAUGUGAAGUAUACGCGACCAACCAUCCUGGUUCUCCAAAGUACUUGUUAUUUGUGUUGGAUAAACCAAUUCAGCAGACUGCAUCCUCAAUGCAUUUGCCAGUGAUGGAAACUGCCCUUAAUAUUCUUUCAGGUCUGGAUAUCUAUCUGUGUAAGACCAAUAGAUCCCUGAGACUUUAGGACAGAGACCACCACUAAGCACAAACAUCACCCGCUUGCAUAAUUAUGAAGAUGAUCUGCAUGACGUUGAAAAUGCCCCUAGUUUUUUGACGGCGGCACAUAACCAUGGGGUCAAGCGGACUUGGGAAAGCAGCAACAUUAGAUGAGCUGCUGAGCACUUGCAUUGAGAUGUUUGAUGACAAUGGAGAGCUGAAUAAUAGUUAUUUGCCAAGAAUAGUUCUACUCAUGCACCGAUGGUAUUUGUCUUCCACUGAAUUGGCAGAAAAACUUCUCUGCAUCUAUCGAAAUGCCAGUGGAGAAGGCUGUGAUGAAUUUCGAUUAAAGAUCUGCUACUUCAUGAGGUACUGGAUUGUGAAAUUUCCUGCAGAGUUUAAUUUGGACCUUGGUUUGAUCCGUAUGACUGAGGAAUUCCGGGAAGUAGCUAGUCAACUGGGAUACGAGAAACACACCAGCCUCAUCGACAUAUCCAGCAUUCCUUCCUAUGACUGGAUGAGAAGAGUCACACAGAGAAAAAAAGUAUCCAAGAAGGGAAAAGCCUGUCUGCUGUUCGACCAUCUGGAGCCCAUUGAAUUGGCCGAGCACCUCACUUUUCUGGAGCAUAAAUCUUUUAGAAGGAUCUCAUUCACUGAUUACCAAAGCUAUGUCAUCCAUGGCUGCCUGGAGAAUAACCCAACCUUGGAGAGAUCUAUUGCUUUAUUUAAUGGAAUCUCUAAGUGGGUCCAGUUGAUGGUUCUUAGCAAACCAACUCCUCAGCAAAGAGCAGAAGUUAUCACAAAGUUUAUCAAUGUUGCCAAGAAGCUCCUUCAGCUCAAAAAUUUUAACACCCUGAUGGCAGUGGUGGGAGGCCUUAGUCAUAGUUCCAUUUCCCGGCUCAAAGAGACCCAUUCUCAUCUUUCUUCAGAAGUUACAAAGAACUGGAAUGAAAUGACGGAGCUGGUCUCCUCCAACGGCAAUUACUGUAAUUACCGCAAGGCUUUUGCCGACUGUGACGGCUUCAAAAUCCCAAUCCUUGGCGUCCACUUGAAAGACUUGAUAGCAGUCCACGUCAUUUUCCCAGACUGGACAGAGGAGAACAAAGUGAACAUUGUGAAAAUGCACCAGCUCUCCGUUACCCUGAGUGAACUGGUCUCCCUGCAGAAUGCCUCCCACCACUUGGAACCCAACCUGGAUUUGAUCAACUUGCUCACGCUUUCUCUGGACCUCUAUCACACAGAAGAUGAUAUUUACAAACUAUCACUGGUUCUGGAGCCUAGAAAUUCUAAAUCGCCUACCUCCCCUACGACACCCACCAAGCCUGUGGUGCCCCUGGAGUGGGCCUCAGGAGUGAUGCCAAAGCCAGAUCCUACAGUCAUCAACAAGCACAUAAGGAAAUUAGUUGAGUCUGUGUUUAGGAACUACGACCAUGACCAUGAUGGGUAUAUCUCCCAAGAAGACUUUGAAAGUAUAGCUGCCAAUUUUCCCUUCUUGGAUUCCUUCUGUGUGCUGGACAAAGACCAGGAUGGCCUAAUCAGUAAGGAUGAAAUGAUGGCUUACUUCCUGAGAGCUAAGUCCCAACUACACUGUAAAAUGGGACCAGGAUUUGUCCAUAAUUUUCAGGAGAUGACCUAUCUCAAGCCAACCUUCUGUGAACACUGUGCAGGAUUUCUCUGGGGCAUAAUCAAGCAAGGAUACAAAUGCAAAGAUUGUGGAGCCAACUGUCAUAAACAGUGCAAAGACCUCCUGGUUCUGGCCUGCAGGAGGUUUGCCCGGGCACCCUCCUUGGGCAGCAGUCAUGGGUCACUGCCUGGAAGUCCCUCGUUGCCCCCAGUGCAGGAUGAGGUGUUCGAGUUCCCUGGUGUCACUGCUGGACACCGAGACCUGGACAGCAGAGCCAUCACACUGGUCACAGGCUCCUCCGGCAAGAUCUCUGUGCGGCUGCAGCGGGCCACCACCAGCCAGGCCACCCAGACCGAGCCUGUGUGGUCAGAGGCUGGCUGGGGGGACUCAGGGUCCCACACCUUCCCGAAAAUGAAGUCCAAGUUCCACGACAAAGCUGCAAAGGACAAAGGCUUUGCCAAGUGGGAAAAUGAGAAGCCCAGGGUGCAGGCUGGUGUGGAUGUUGUUGACCGAGGCACCACGUUCGAACCUGACCAGGAUGAAACAGAAAUGGAUGAGACCAAACAGGAUGGUGAGGAUGGCUGACUUCAGCUGAGGACACUGAAGGCAAUUGUGUUGGCAUUUGGAAGGAGCAAGAUAAGAAACUCUGAAGAACACUCCAACGCUCAGGAAGUUAUCUGAAAAGAUACCUGGACAUUCACUGGCUUGUGACACUGUGGGAUCUAUGGCUGAACUAUGGGCCAGAGGAUUUACCCUAUGAACUAUUUAUUUCCUCCUCCCCUGCUCCUAGUGAGGUGCCACAGAGAGAUGUGUUAUAUCGUUGGUGAUCUCCUCUCCUUUCUCUAGAGCCAUUUGUAUA